UUUAACAAAUAUAGUGAUAUUAAAGAGGCAGCCUUCAUCUAAGAUGGAUGACAUUCGUUUGACCGCAUGUUUUGACAAAGAAUUGACGAAAUCGUACGUCGAAAAAGACGAUUUCAUCCUUCCAACUGACAUACUGGAAUUUCUUCCAGAAUCCGACAAGGACGCUAUUGUUCGUUACGACGAUCAUGAGUAUAAUAUGAAAUACAAGGUUGGCGUAUACACGCGCCUCGCUCAAGGCUGGAAAGCCUUCAUUGAUGCUACCGGAUUAGGGAUAGGAGAUGUGUUGUGUUUUAAGGCAUGUUUAGAUGAGAACCGCAUAGUGUUUUUUGUUCAUGUAAAGGAGGAUCCGGAGAUCGUAAUGAUAGAUUAGGUCUCCAGAUUCUCUAUUUAAAGUAAUUUAUAUAA